GUGUGUGUAUUUUAAAAAAAAUAUGAAGAUUAUCGGCAACAUUCUGAUUCACGCAUUCUUGGGAUUCCUUGCUUUUAAAAAUGCAUGUGGAUUCAAUGUUGUUGAUGACUACACUAUCGGAGUAAAAAUGUCAGAUAACUCCACUUAUCGAGGAGCAAUUGAAACAAUUUUCUACUCCGGUGUGUGCCAAUGGAUGCAGCCUGGAGAAGCCGCAACUACUAGAAAUUAUUUAGCUUUUAUACGACUGAGAACUCAACUGUCAAACAGUGAACAUUUUUCUUCAAAGCUGGUUCCGUUUUAUCCACGUCGUGGGCAUGAGCCUUGGCAUGACCAUCCCACAUUCGCUGAACUGCGUUUAGAACAUAACGAAUAUUAUACGGCAUCAGAUUUCCAAUUGUACAUUAUCGGUGAUCUACAUCUGCCACCCAUCAAUCGCAUUUACAUAAAAAAUCCAGGAGGCUUAAUCUAUAGUUCACCGUUAAACCCCCCCCAACACAUCAUUCCUCAUGAAAAUUAGCACUGAUCAACAUAUUUUGUUACUUUAUGAGAAACACACAGCCUCGGUUUAACCGCAGCGUUGGGUGCUGCCUGGAGUCUGGUGUACAUCACCGACGGAUCCUAGUAAGCAAACAUCGAUUAAAAAAACUCUUAC